AUGCUUUGGGCUGAGGGUCUGCUCCAAUUGGCGGCGCAGGUCAUGAUUUCUGGAGGUGAACCCACGAGCCUUGCAGCGCUGAGGGAUGCCCUGCACAGGAUCAUGAUGGGGGCCAGGGGCCAGCCUCUGAGGCCCCUGCACCCCAACAUCAUGCAGGCGAGGCAGGUGCUGGGCAAGAGGAAGGCUCCUGACUCAUGUGGCCCGUCUAUGUCUGGCAUUAGCCACAGGAGCUGCCACAGCGAGAGUGCCACGGCAACGUCAGGCAGGUCUGUAGACAAGGCGCAGGACUCUGAGCCUCUGCCACCACUGUCCCCAGAGCAGCAGCGAGUGGUUGACCUGGUCCUGUCCGGCAAGAGUGUCUUCUUCACCGGUUGUGCUGGCACUGGGAAGUCGCUGGUGAUCAAGCACAUGCUGAGGGCGCUGCCAGCGGCCACCACAUAUCUGACGGCCUCCACAGGGCUGGCAGCGUCUGCACUGGGAGGCACCACCCUCAAUGCAUUCGCCGGCAUUGGCAGGGCUGAAGGCGGCCUCCAGGCGUGA